GCCAUGUUUUUUAACUGCAAAUUUACCCGGAGUCUCAUUUUGUUUGCCCUUAGUGCCUUUGUUAUUUCCACUGCUGCUUACAAACCAAUCGUUAAUGUGCAUGGCUUGCUUGGAAAGCCAAGUGAUUUCAGAGUUUUGAAAAGGAACAUUCUGAAGGCACACCCAAACACAAAGGUGAUCUCCAUCGAUCUCUAUAACGGACUCAGUAGCCUGCAGCCCAUGUGGACGCAAGUGCACGGUCUUGUGCGCAAGCUGAAGCCCAUCAUGAAGAGAUUCCCGAAUGGCAUCCAUCUCAUCUGUUACUCGGAAGGUGGCCUGCUCUGCCGUGCAGCAUUGUGUUUAUUGCCGAAUCACAAUGUGGACGCCUUCAUUUCGUUAGCUUCACCACAGAUGGGCGAAUACGGAAAUUCAACUGUUGUCAGAAGUAUGGUGGCUAUAAUAAAGUCACAUGUCUACACACUCUGCUACACCACACCCGGCCAACAUCUGUCGAUAUGCAACUACUGGAAUGAUCCUAUGCAUCAAGAUCUAUAUGCAAAGUACAACAUAUUCCUGCCUCUUCUCAACAGUCAGAUAUACAACCCAAAUGCCAAUGUUUGGAAAAGGAAUUUUCUACGCAUCAACAACCUGGUGCUCAUUGGAGGUCCCGCUGAUAAAGAGGUGACACCUUGGCAGUCUAGCUUAUUUGAGACCUAUGACAAGAAUAUGAACAUCUUGAGAAUGGCGAAUCAGGAGGUCUACACGAAGGACACCUUUGGCUUACGCUCACUGAGUGAAACUGGCAAGCUCUCAAAGUGCAUUGUUCCAGGCAUAACACACUUAAGCUUCCUCAAAAGCUAUUAUGUAUUUCAAAAGUGUAUUAUAAGGUGGCUCAAAUAGGCAUGCUUAACUACCCUUGGUGCUUGAUCAAACCUCUUUAUUGGUACCACCUAGGCCAGCAAAUGCUUCCAAUUAUCCUAUUCAAGUAUUUUAUCUCUAGAUCACAAAUGAUAGCAAGGCUACCCUGGUAGCUUUUAAUGAGAAAACUAUCAUCAAAGAGAGUGCAGUGCGGAGUAUGUUUAAUCGAAAAUAUAAAUUUGGACGGGAAAAAAUGAUAUGCAACAUCGACGGAAUGUAGACAAAACUAAAGGACAACAUGCCUAAUAAAAUUGAUCUCCUUCAAAGUAGUCUCCUCUUGAUCGAACACAGUAAUUCCAGCAGUCAUGCCAAGUGUCGAGGCAUCUCCGGUCCUUUUAUUUCAUGAAGACUUUCAGGUGCCGAGUUGCAUUUUGGAUUACGGUUGGCAAAUCCUGAAACGUCUUUCCUUCUGGGAGCGUUUCAAUCUAGGGAACAGAAAAGUAAGUCAUUUGGUUCCAAAUCUGGUGAAUAUGGUGGGCAAGGAACCAGCGGAAUGUUUUCCUUCGCCAGAAAUCCUUGUAUGGACAGUGCUGAAUGUGACGGUGCGUUAACGUGAUGCAAGAUCCGCACACCUAACUCUCAUUUUUCAUGCCGUUUCUGCCGAUCUGCAUCCCAUGGGCGUUUCAGAACGGCCAAAUAAAACAAAGAUUAACUGUCUGACCUUGUGGAACGAACACACCUUCACUGUCAAACAAUACAAUCGAUAUCGUCUUCACAUUCGAGUGCACCUCUCUUGCUCUCUUUGGUCGAGGUGACGACAAUUGUCCACCAAUAAACAAUACCAAGUCUCAUCACCUAGUUCCUCACCCACCAAAUUCACCAGAUUUGCCACCAAAUGACUAGUUUUGUCUAAGUAAAAGUAGUCCCAGUACUUUUUGAUCAACCCUCGCACCCGAGGCUUCCUGCUCACAGGGGAUGCUCCCAUCAUUUGCCACCACAGGUGGGACCGACCGAUACCUUUGACUCACUCGGUACCAAUUUCAGAUUUCUCCUGCACGCUUUUACCGAAUGCAACACAAAAUAUAACACAGUAUUUACAUGUUGAUUUUUUCAAAUAUUGAUUAUUAUUACAUGACUGUAUUGUAGUCAUUUGAUUGCUUUUUUUUCUAUCUCUUUUAUUCCAAUGAUAAGUGCUUUGCUUUUACAUCAAACGAUGUCAUACAACAAGUGUAUAACUCUUUGUGAAAUCAUUUUUGAAAAUGCUACACUUGUGGAACAAGGAUGAGAAAAUUACAGCUCAUUUUACAUGAUUUUUUUGUUUUGCUUGCAAGAAUAAUAAUAACGUUGAUUCUAUUAAGCACA